AUGUCUGAAUCUCCAAAUUCGCCAGUGAAUGAUAAUACACCUGCCAGCUCAUCACCAGCACAUAUUCCAGAUUCUAUUCCACCUCAACCUUCUUCCCCAGCAUUAUUUUACAACUCAUCAUCAUCGCAGGGUGAUACGUAUGGUCGUGACAGUGCAAACAGAUAUAUUAGAGGUUCAGAUAGUUCCUCUUAUAAUAAUGUUGUAUCAUCUCCGUUCAAUUAUCCAUCUUCUCAGCCACACCAUGCAAAUUCUAGUAUUAGACAGGGUGUUACUGAUAGAUUAUCUUCUCAAACUAGUGCUACUCCAAGAAUCAAUGGAUCUUCUGAUAUCCGAAGUGAUUCUUCUCUAUUAGAUUCUAACUUGUCCCAGAGGAGAAGAAUGAAAAGAAAUGAUAUCCAAGCAUCAGAUCUUUCUUCUCCAAGAAGAUUUUAUUCUGGGUUGGGAAAUUCGUCUCUCCAUUCGUCAACAUCUUCUUCAGAUGCAAUGUCUGACACCGGUGAACCGGUGAGAAUUAUUUGGGGUACAAAUGUUAGUAUCCAAGAGUGUGCUACAAAAUUUCGCAACUUUCUUAUGUCUUUCAAAUAUAAAUAUCGUAAAAUAUUAGACGAGAGAGAAAGUUUUAUCAAUACAACGACAGAUGAGGCUUUAUAUUAUGUAAAUAUGUUAAAUGAAAUGAGAGAAUUAGGUACGUGUAAUUUAAAUUUAGAUACUAGAAAUUUAUUGGCUUUUAAACAGACAGAAGAACUUUAUUACCAAUUAUUGAAUUACCCACAAGAAGUUAUCUCUAUUAUGGAUCAAACAAUUAAAGAUUGUAUGGUUUCCUUGGUAGUAGAUAAUCAAUUAGAUUAUAAUUUGGAUGAGAUUGAAACUAAAUUCUACAAAGUUAGACCAUAUAAUGUAGACACCAAGAAGGGUAUGCGUGAACUGAACCCAAAUGAUAUUGAUAAGUUGAUAAGUGUAAAGGGUCUUGUAUUGAGAACAACGCCAAUUAUUCCUGACAUGAAAGUUGCGUUUUUUAAAUGUAAUGUAUGUGAACAUACUAUGGCAGUAGAAAUUGAUAGAGGUGUAAUCCAGGAACCUGCAAGAUGUGAACGUCUUGAUUGUAAUGAGCCAAACUCUAUGUCUCUUAUCCAUAACAGAUGUUCCUUUGCAGAUAAGCAAGUGAUUAAAUUGCAAGAGACUCCCGAUGUAGUACCAGACGGACAAACGCCUCAUUCUAUAUCUUUAUGUGUUUAUGAUGAACUGGUUGAUUCAUGUCGUGCAGGUGACAGAAUUGAAGUGACUGGUACAUUUAGAUCUAUUCCAAUAAGAGCCAAUGCAAGGCAAAGAGUGUUGAAGUCAUUAUACAAAACAUAUAUUGAUGUAGUGCAUGUUAAAAAAGUUUCAGAUAGAAGGUUGGACGUUGAUACAUCUACAGUUGAACAAGAAAUUUUACAAAAUAAAAUGAAUAAGAAUGAAGUAGAAGAGACAAGAAAAGUUUCUGAGCAAGAUAUUACCAAAAUCAAAAGUGUAGCAGAGAGGCCUGAUCUUUAUGAGGUUUUAUCACGUUCUAUUGCGCCAAGUAUUUUUGAGUCAGAAGAUGUCAAAAAGGGCAUACUUCUACAAUUAUUUGGUGGUGCUAAUAAAACAUUUGAAAAGGGUGGAAGAUAUAGAGGGGAUAUUAAUAUUUUGUUAUGUGGUGAUCCAUCCACAGCAAAAUCACAAAUUUUACAAUAUGUUCAUAAAAUAGCUCCUCGUGGUGUCUAUACGUCAGGUAAAGGGUCAUCCGCAGUUGGUUUAACUGCUUAUGUGACCAGAGAUGUAGAUUCCAAACAGUUGGUGUUAGAAAGUGGUGCUUUAGUAUUGUCAGAUGGUGGUGUUUGUUGUAUAGAUGAAUUUGAUAAGAUGAGUGAUGCAACAAGAUCCGUUCUUCAUGAAGUUAUGGAACAACAGACAAUUUCAAUUGCAAAAGCAGGUAUUAUUACUACUUUAAACGCAAGAACUUCUAUUUUGGCAAGUGCUAAUCCAAUUGGCUCACGUUAUAAUCCUAACUUACCUGUUACAGAAAAUAUUGAUUUGCCACCACCGUUGUUAUCUAGGUUUGAUUUAGUGUACCUUGUAUUAGAUAAAGUGGACGAGUCUACUGAUAAGGAAUUGGCCAAGCACUUAACUAGUUUGUAUUUGGAAGACAGACCAGAACAUGUGGCCAAAGAUGAUAUUCUUUCUGUGGAAUUUUUGACCAUGUAUAUUAAUUAUGCAAAACAACAUAUACAUCCAGUUAUCACAGAAGAAGCUAAGAGAGAAUUGGUAAGAGUAUAUGUCAACAUGAGGAAGAUGGGUGAUGAUUCAAGAUCUGAUGAGAAGAGAAUCACUGCUACCACCAGACAAUUGGAAAGUAUGAUUCGUCUUUCUGAGGCACAUGCAAAGAUGCGAUUAUCUAAAGAUGUGGAGUUGCAAGAUGUUCAAGAAGCGGUCAGAUUAAUCAAGGCAGCUAUUAAAGAUUAUGCUACUGAUCCAAAAACAGGUAAGAUUGAUAUGAAUUUGGUACAAACAGGUAAAUCGGUCAUCCAACGUAAAAUGCAAGAAGAUCUUGCUAGAGAAAUUAUUAAGAUCCUUACAAAUUACAGUUCAGAUUCUAUGAGUUUUAACGAGUUAAUUAAACAGAUUAAUGAUCAAUCGCAAGACAAAGUUGAUUCUGGGGAUAUUUCUGAGGCUCUGGCAAGCUUACAACAAGAGGAUAAAGUGAUCGUUCUUGGAGAGGGUGUACGGAGAUCAGUACGUUUGAACAAUCGUGUAGUAUGA